CUCCUCUGAUCUAGUGGUCGGCCUCCUCUAGCGCAUCACACCGUUCAGCAUUGCCAGACCUCGUGGCCGCUUUCACUACUCGACAGUGCCGGCCUCGCGGGCUUGAGACGAGGAAAAGCCAUUGAAAGAGCCGCGAACAACUGGCAGGUCGUCUGCUCUGGGUCUACGCAUCUCUUCCGCGGCGUGUUGUUACCCUCGUCACACACCCGCCUGCCCCUUCACCUUUCACGAUCAUCAUAAUCAUCUGAGCGAUGGCGUCACAACAUCUCAGCCAGGACGAGUUCUUCGUCGGACUCGAGAAACUGCUCAAUCAUCGGAAAGGGAGCGACCAUGGCGCCGUUUACCUGACCCAGAAGCGUCUCUCCCAUGGCCAAGACGUCCCGCCCCCAACACGGGAUCGGCCCUUCCCUGAUCUCUCUCUGAGCCAGCCCACGCCGGUCAUCGUCCGGGCUUCAAACGGCAAGUCUGGGAAGGCGAAGAGUGGCAAGGUUAAACUGAGUACUAUUGUUGAACCCCAUGAACUGGACGGCUUUUACACUCGGUAUGCUGAGGUUUGCAAGGCGGGAAUGACAGCGUUGAAACCGAGGGAUCGGAGUAAGAAGAAAGCCAAGGCUAGAAAGAAGAAGGCCUCAUCUUAAAUUUGACACAUGAGAGGAUUUUGACAUGCGACCUAGUUCCAUAUGCGUGUCUUUUUAUCUCAGACCCAUCCGUGAGCUUGCGCUCUCGCCUUGGUACCUGUGUUAAUGUGGCAAAACUCACUUAACAAGAGCAUAUGAGCAAUGUAUAAAGAACGACCUUAACAUGUACAGCUGGCAGAAUCAAGCAUAGAGAUUGGAUAAAUGAAGGCAGCAGAGGCGGG